UCUCUUUUGUUCUCAUUUCCCAUUCGUAUCUAUAUCUCUUUCUCACAAAGAUGGCUCUCUUUCUUUGCUUUCUCUUUUUUUUAUUGUCUUCUGCAACUGCUUGUGAUCGCUGUGUGCACCAAUCCAAGGUUGCUUAUUUCUCCAAAGCCUCUGCACUUUCAACUGGAGCUUGUGGGUACGGUUCCAUGGCAGUAGAAAUGAGUGGUGGACACCUUGCAGCUGCUGUUCCUUCCCUUUACAAAGAUGGAGCUGGUUGUGGUGCGUGUUUUCAGAUGAGAUGCAAGGACAAAGCUCUAUGUAGCACCAAAGGAACCAAAAUAAUCUUGACCGAUCUUCAUAAAGAUAACAAAACAGACUUUGUUCUAAGCAGUAGAGCUUUCAUGGCCAUGGCUAAGCAGGGCAAGGGCCAAGACAUUUUGAAACUUGGGCUUGUAGACGUGGAAUACAAAAGGGUUCCAUGUGAAUACAAAAACAAGAAUUUGGCUGUUCGGGUGGAAGAAUCAAGCAAGAAACCAAAUUACUUGGCGAUCAAAGUGCUGUAUCAGGGUGGUCAGACAGAGAUAGUAGGAAUGGAUGUGGCUCAGGUGGGUUCUUCCAACUGGGGAUUCAUGAGCAGAAGUUCUGGGGCAAUUUGGGAUACAAGUAGGGUGCCAAAUGGGGCAUUGCAGUUCAGGUUUGUGGUAACAUCUGGGUAUGAUGGCAAGUGGAUUUGGGCACAAAAUGUACUUCCUGCUGAUUGGAAACCUGGAGUUGUUUAUGAUUCCGGAAUUCAGAUUACUGACAUUGCUCAAGAGGGCUGCUCUAAGUGUGAUGAUGGAACCUGGAAAUGAGAGGAAUUGAAUAGUUGUUGCUACUAAUUUUGAUUUGAUUCCUUCGACAUAUACAUAAUCGAAUAUUUUAGAGGAUUAGAAAAUGAGAGUACAGAGGAACAUCAUUUAUUAAUAUACUAAUAUUAUAUAUAUUUCAAUUUUUUUCA